AUGAACUUGAACCAGGAUAAAGUGGAAGAAGAAUGCGAGGACUCUGCUGUUAGCACCGGCUGCCUCUGUAAAGGCAGAAUGGGAGAAAAGGCCCAGGAAAGGCUGGGCUGCCGGUGGAGGGAAGAGGAGAAGGCAGUUAUCACACCACCUCAGGCCAGAAGCCAUAGAUCUGGGUCUCCAGGACCUCCAGGAACAUGCUCCUUCAGUCCUGGAGAGAGCCAGCAGCCAGGGAGCGGGACACAGACAGGGAGAUGUCCACAGCCUCAUUUGGCCAGACUGAUUACCUGUAGCAAUGCAUGGGAAAGGCCUCCAGGGGUCAAAGGCUCACUUUUGUUGGGGCUUGGAGUGCUUAUCAUCUGCCACCUGAGUUGGGAGGAGCCCGUGGUGCCUUUGCUGCGUCCCAGACACCCUGGGAACAUGAGCUGA